AAAAAUUCUCAAUUUAAAAAGUAUGUCGAAUAUGGAGACGGAAUACACAGUGUAAAUUUUACAUGACAUGAUGUUUAUUCUUUGGAUAAUAUCAGCCUUGUUGUCGUCAGUUUAUUGCCAGACUCAGGCUAAUACCCUCUGGUCAGCUAACGAUUAUUGGAAUGACAGAUAUUCUCUUGGUUACACCGAAACUGAAAGGGACUACGGAAUGUGGUCUUACCUUUCGACCAAAUCGAAUGGAUAUAUGGAUGUUCCUACUGGUGCUCCAUCCUGUUCAGGAUGUGCCUGUGGAGUAUUGAAGGAUGAUGGUAUAUUACAGUCCUGUAGUGGAACAGUAACAAUUGCACAUUACAGUUUCCCUAACAUAUCAUCAGAAACAUUUGCAGUGUCAACUUCUGAAAUAUCCAUCAGACAUUGUAGUGCAUUUGUUAUUGUUGGUCAGACUUUUGUCAACUUGACUAGUUUAACCAAACUAACAAUAGAAAAUAGUGGAAUUACAACAAUGCCAGAUCUCGGUAAUACACAGAUAACUGAGCUGAAUUUGAUGUUCAACAGCAUAGAAAUAAAGACGAAUUUUAAAGGGAGUCUACCAACUACAAUCACUCAUGUAGCUCUGACAGGUAACAACAUUUACUGGAUACCCAAUGUAUUCUUAAAGGGGCCAAAUCUUAGAAGCGUGAGUUUAGGUGGCAAUUCCUUCAUAAAUUUCCCUGUUUUAGGAUUCGGCAGUGUUCCUAGUCUUGUGUAUUUUGGUAUAGAAAACAACCAGCUGAGAAGACUGUCAGUACAACAUAUUAACAACUUUAAAGAAACUACACAGCUUCAUCUGAACUUCAGCUAUAAUGUCCUAGAUUAUAUCCAGCCCUAUGCAUUUUCUGGUAUUCCAAAUAUAAAGGUGUUAGAGCUACAUCAGAACAGUUUAGCCUCAAUAGCAAAAGGUGUCUUUGAAAAUUUAACAACACUGGUUCACUUAGAUCUCCAUGCCAACAAUUUACAGACAUUAAACAAAGAAGCCAUGAAAGAUUUGGAGUAUUUGGAAGAAUUAAGACUACAUUCACAGAAAACUCCUAUGACGACGUUAAUUUUCAAUUCUAUGAUUAAUGUUGGCAAGUCUUUGAAGUAUCUGUUUAUAAGUAGUAAUGCACUGACCCAUAUACCCCAUCAAGUAUUUAUGGAGAACAGCUUUGACAAUAUCAUUCAACUACAUUUAGAUAACAAUGCAAUUACAAACGUGACAGAACUUGAUGCAAAUGGCUAUGGUUCUACAUUACGGAGCACCUACAAUGAAAAAAAAGUUCAAUUGGAUCCAUUCUCAACGAUGAGCAGUCUAAAUAUUUUGUAUCUUCAUAUCAAUGCCAUUACCCAUGUAACCAGUACUGACUACUGUAGAUUAACUUCCUUAACCGAGUUAUAUCUGAAUCAGAAUGAGUUAACGGAGGACAACAUUGAUGAUGACAGUUUUACCUGUGUUACAACUCUACAAAUAUUGCAUUUAGGAUCAAAUUAUUUACAAUAUGUACCAGCUGCUCUGACGAAUUCGACCAGACUUCCCUCCAUAAAUGCACUGUAUGUGACUAAUAACAAACUAACAUUCAUAGAGGCUGGAACAUUUUCAGACUUAUCAACCCUGCGAUCGUUAUACCUGUACUCCAACAAAAUUAUAUCAAUAGAAGACAAUGCUUUUCCAGAUCUUAUCCGAGUCAUAGCUUUGCAAUCAAAUGACUUCCGAUUCAUUCAUGAAAACCAGUUUUCCAAUCUAUCCAAUAUGUACCGUUUAAAUCUGGCUAACAAUGAUAUAGACUACUUACCUGACAAUGUCUUUAGUGGGUGCACAUCUCUUACACAGUUAGUUUUAAAUGGAAAUAGAAUAAAACAGAUAAAGAAGAUGCACUUGGAAAACUGUCCACUUACAACACAGUUAUACCUACAUGACAAUGAGAUAGGAUGGAUAGAAGAUGGUGCUUUAGAUCAUAUCGCCUCAAUAUCUUAUUUAUACCUACACAAUAACAGAUUGUAUUCUUUACCAAUGGGAGGAGACUUCAAUGAUAUGACUGUUACCUAUUUCUAUCUUCACAAUAACCGUAUCUCAGCUAUUUUGAAUGGUACAUUCAAAAAUUUUGUUGUUUCAUUUUCGAGUUUAGAUUUGUCCCAAAACAGAAUAGCAACUAUUGAAGGGAAUGCCUUUACAGACGUGACUGUCUCAUACAUAUACAGUAGCUUGAAACUCACAAAUAACAAAAUUAAAGAUAUUCAGCCGUACGCUUUUAAUAAUGUCAAUGCACCAAGUAUGCAGUUUGAUGGAGAUACAAUGGGUGUUAUUCCAUCUUAUGCCUUCAAUGAUAUUACCACCACGACCUUUAACCUUUACAACAUUGGGAUAACAGAGAUACAAGAAAACGCCUUCAACAAUUUUAAUGUGGGUCAUCUCUAUUUGUAUGGUAAUUCCAUUAGCAGUCUGGAUGGACCCAUCUUUACUGGGACAUCCUCUGUCUCAUACUUGUAUCUAAACAGGAAUAACAUAGCUUACAUAAAGGCUAAUGUGUUUGAUAGUGUCACAGUUACGUACCUGUACCUGAAUGAGAAUUCGUUGACCAUUUAUCCUAUAGCACUGAGUCGGAUUACUCCAAGAGAAAUUUACCUGGAGGACAAUGAAAUAACAGGGAUACCAGAUGGAUCUUUAGCUGGACAGACAAAUCUACAGAUUUUCUCUAUGUAUAAUAACAAACUGACGGAAAUUACUGCAACUACAUUUACGUCUGCUACUAAUCUUCAGUCUUUAAUGUUGCAAAAUAACGAGAUUCAGUAUAUAGAAGAAGGAUCAUUUAACGGUUUAAAUAACCUUGAGACUCUUGACCUGAACAACAACCAGCUUUCUUACUUCCCAGCUGUUGCCUUAGAGUCACUGACCUCUCUCAACCUUGGAGGUAACAUGAUAGAAACUUUAGGAGGAUUCCCAGUCAAUAACAGCAUAGUUGUCAAUUUGACAGGAAAUGCUUUGGGUUGUGAAUGUAGUACGGCAUUCAGUCUGUAUUAUGUGAAGGACACUGUGACUGGUGGUACAUGUGCUAGUCCGUCUGCUCUAGCGGGUGUUACAUUUGAAGCAGGACUUGCCAAUGGUACAAGUGUUAGAUAUUAUGAUACAUUGAACGAUACCAAGUUUUUCCAGUGCAGUGCAGAGAACAUUGUAGGAACUGCAGUUUCGUCAACAGAAAUGAAAAUACAAUGGAACCGGCCAUCAUAUCUUUAUGCUGUGUUUGAUUCUAAUGAUACAAACGUCCUGAAUGAAGCUGUUGGAGCUAAUGUCUCAACAUGGAACUAUAUAGUAACUUGUACCAGUACCACAGCUGCUACCCUGACAAAGACUGAAACUGUAACUGAAACCAUACCAUCAACUUCCCAUAGUGCAUCAGUAACAUUUAAAGAUACUGAUGGAUUACUUCCCUUGAAUUCCUAUGACUGUGUUAUACAACUUGAGGUUAACGGUUAUACCUCAGCCAAGAGUAUACCAGAAACAGUUUACAUCCAACAAACACAAUCCAAUACAACAGUUGCUAAUUCCCUUCCUGUCACAGUGUAUGAUUUUACCAUCAGUAAUGAUGACUUUGGAACAGCUGCAUCAAUGACACCAUCCAACCCAUAUCAUGUGAUCAGUCCUACUGGUUCCUGGCCUGCCAUAUCUACUGAUCCCACUUCUGACACAUUUUCUGAUUGGUUCAGAGAUACGUCUGCUAAUAUAAAACUGGAUAGAGAAAUCACACUGACAGUAGAUAAUUCAUCUGGAUCUGAUGUACACAAUUAUUAUAGUGAUUCCUACUUCCUGGCUGAUGAUUCUGGGUAUGGAGCAGAAGGUCAGACAGACUGUGGCGGUAUUCUCCAUAACUUUUUUUAUACUUCUGCCAUAAGAACUGGGCUGAAGUUUUCAGGAAAUGAAAAGUUAACUUUUGGUGGAGGAGAGGAGUUAUGGGUAUUUAUCAACAAAGUAUUGGUAAUAGAAAUCAUCGCUGAUAGAUCAUCGGCCAGCGUGGCCUGUCAGACUGUUGAUUUAUCUGCAGCUGCUGCAACAGUGGUCUGUUUUGCUGCUUUUAAAGCAACACCACUAGGCACAUAG